UACUUGCUGGUUUCGUGAAUAUAAAUUGGACCCGCUUAAAGUUGUCAUCAUUGUAGUGUUCAGUGGCUGAACAGACAUUAAGACAAAAAUUGAUUCAAAAUGAAAAUGCUGAUAGUUGCUUUCUUCUGCUCCAUGGUGUCUAUUGCUGUUGAUGGUGCACUUGUGAAGGGUGCAACUUUGUCAAGCACCGUUAUAAGACCGGAUGGAAGCGGCGUCUCUUCAUCUGCUGAUAGCGGUUCUGUAGGAGGUCCAGUUGUUAAGGGUUCAACUUUAUCAAGCACCGUUAUAAGACCUGAUGGAAGCGGCGUCUCUUCAUUUGCUGAUAGCGGUUCUGUAGGAGUACCAGCUUCUCUAUCAUCGCACAUAAUUCCUGCUACUGCAGUUGCCCCACUUCCUCUUGCGUAUGCAGCCCCAGCUGUAUACGCUCAUGGUUGGAACGAUUAUUGAAGGACCAUCUGGAAGGAUAGCUGUCAGAUCUAGCUGGUAAAUGGGGCUCAUUGAACUACCUCCAUUGACUGUGUAGCUCAUUUUUUUUUAUUAAUAAAAGUUUUCGUAAAAA